AUGAAGGCCUUUUUGUCUUUGCUACUGCUGGGCCUCGUCAGUUUGGUCCAGGCAUUGAGUUCUACCGGCAACCGUCUGCUGGUAGUUCUCGAGGAAGCCUCGGACAAGUCCAACGUUACAUACGAGUCACCAAAAUCCAAGAGCCUCUCGCUGUUCAAGCACGGCAACCUCGCAUACGACCAUCUCGUCCUCCUGCCUCCCAAAUCAAAGGGCUUCGGUCCCCAGCUGACCCCCAACAUCCUCGUCGACUACGUCAACAACAACGGCAACGUUCUGCUCGCUCUUACCGCCGAUCAACCCAUCCCUGCUGCUGUUGCCUCUCUCCUUCUCGAGUUCGAUGUCACCCUCCCUCCGGAGCGCAGUGCCCUUGUUGUCGACCACAUCAACUACGACACCAACUCGGCUGCCGACAAGCACGAUGUUCUGCUCAUUCCCGCUCCCAAGACCCUGAAACCUGGUGUCAAGAACUACUUUGACGUUGACGGAACCCUUGCUGUCCCUCGCGCCGUCGGUCAGCUUUUGGGCAACGCCAGCCCCCUGCUUGCCCCUGUCUUGCGUGCUCCCGAGACCGCAUACUCGUACAACCCCAAGGAGGAAGAGGCCCUCGAGGAUGUCUUUGCUUCUGGCUCUCAGCUGUCGCUCAUCUCUACCUUCCAGGCCAGAAACUCGGCCCGCUUCACCGUUCUCGGUUCCGCCGAAAUGUUGCAAGAUGCCUGGUUCGACGCCCAGGUCAAGGCUCCUCGCGCUCCCGAGACCACCGGCACUGCCAACAAGGCCUUUGCCGAACGUCUAUCGGCCUGGACUUUCCAGGAGAUUGGUGUGCUCAAGGUUGGCAAGGUUCAGCACUACCUCAACGAGGGCAAGGUCAAGGAGUCCACCAACUUGACUGUUUCUGAGCGCCCCGAGAUCAACCCUAUCAUGUACAGAAUCAAGAAUGAUGUUCACUUCUCGAUUGAACUGUCAGAGUACAACGGUGACCGCUGGAUUCCGUUCCUUCCUGCUGCUGGAGACUCUCUUCAGCUCGAGUUCAGUAUGCUGUCUCCCUUCCACCGUGUGACCUUGGACCCCGUCUCGCCAACUACCAACAGCACCAUCUUCGAGGCCAGCUUCACUGUACCUGACCAGCAUGGUAUCUUCAACUUCAUCGUCAACUACAAGCGUCCUUUCCUCAGCAAUGUCUACGAGAAGCGCACCGUCACUGUCCGCCACUUUGCUCACGAUGAGUGGCCGCGCAGUUUCGUCAUCAGCGGCGCUUACCCCUGGAUUGCUGGUAUCGGUGUCACGGCCACUGGCUGGCUGAUCUUUGUCGCUGUCUGGCUCUACAGCAAGCCUGAUGAGUCCAAGGCCAAGAAGACGCAAUAA